CUCAUGCCCUUUCUGUGUUUAUCAUCUCCACUCCCCUCCACCAUUUUUCACCUUCACUCUCCAAGCUAAGAGAUAGAGAGAGUGCGUCCAGUUUGCAGUAAUGGAGUCUUUCACAUCCAUUCUCUGCGUGUUUUUCCUUAUGAUAGGAAUAUCGUCCGUUCCUCAUGCCCAGGCUCAGUCUCAGCCUUACAAGAACAUAUCCCUCGGCUCUUCUCUUUCUUCUCUCGACAAGGAACCCUUCUGGACUUCCCCAUCCGGCGAGUUCUCUUUCGGAUUCUCAACCUCUGAUGGUAAAAUCUACGUUGGAAUUUGGUUCGAAAAGAUCCCGGAGAAGACUCUGGUUUGGACUGCAAACAGAGACAGUCCCGCUCCUAGCGGCUCGACGGUGGAGCUCACAACUGAUGGGAGACUUCUGCUCAAGGAUGAGAAAAAAGUAGAGUUCAUGACAAUUGCAAAUAGCUCGAAUGGCAAUGUCGCUUCGGCUGCCAUACUCGAUAAUGGCAACUUCGUCCUGCAGAGCUCGUCUGGAGAGGUCAAAUGGCAGAGCUUCGACCAUCCAACAGAUACCAUCUUGCCUGGUCAAUCUCUUGGUCCACAAUCCCCGAUUUAUGCACGGGCAUCAGACACUGACAUCUCUACGGGGAAAUACUUCCUCCAGAUGAACGAUGAUGGUAACCUUGUGGUCUCCUGGUCUAACAGCCCAACAGAUGUAGAUAAUACCGCAUAUUCGUCGAAAACACCUGGGACUUCCGGAAGGUUGGUCUUCAAUACCAGCGGUAUUAUUUACAUAUCGAAAUCCGAUGGCACCGGUGUGAACUUGACGCCUACUGACCGGAUUCCUACACUGGCAAAUGGUUUCUACCAAAGAGCUACGGUUGGUUACGAUGGAGUUUUCCGGCAGUACAGCUUCCCGAAGAAUGGCAAUGGCAGCGGGGCACAGACUUGGGAGACUGUUUGGACCAGUAUUAACGCGAGUUCAUGUGAAGUUUCAGGCAUUUGCGGGUUGAACGGAUAUUGCCAGUUGAAAACCGACGGGCAGCCAGAUUGCAUCUGCCCCAAAGGGUUCGGUUAUAUCAAUCCAAGCAACAGAUUCAUGGGGUGCCAACAGAAUUUCCCUGUGCAGCAGUGUCCAGGACUUAUAGGCGACGCUUACAUCAUUGAGACUUUAGAAAACGUCGAUUGGCCUAUGGGGGAUUUCUCACAGAUGAACAGUAUCAUGAACGAGAGCAGCUGCCGGGAGGCAUGCCUCUCAGACUGUUUAUGCACUGUGGCGAUCUACAGGGUCAACACCUGCUGGAAGAAGAAGAUCCCAAUGUACAAUGGUAGAUUCAUCCCCUCAUCGAAUUCAAGGGCUCUAAUCAAGAUGCCGAAAGACAACAAUUCGAUGACACCACUACCAAAAAACAAUGAUAUAGGAGAGGGAAGGUGCAAAGGUGCCAGGAAUUCGCCGCAUCUCAUUAUCCUGUUGUGCCUAACGCUUGGUUUAUCGGGAUUCGCCAAUCUCCUCUGUCUCUUUCUUCUCGCCUUUCUUCGACGCCGUAGGAUAAAAUCGCAGAGGACCGAGCCAGGACAGAGUACUGCCCUGGGGAUGAACCUUCGAAGCUUUACUUACAAGGAAUUGGAGGAUGCUACCUGCGGAUUCAAGGAACAACUGGGGAGGGGAUCUUUUGGAACUGUUUAUAAAGGAGUUCUUUCACGGCAGGACGGCCGGAAAUCUGUGGCCGUCAAGCAACUGGAUAAACUGAUGGAAGAUGGAGAAAAGGAAUUCAGAACAGAAGUAAGCGUGAUCGGAAGGACCCACCACAAGAACCUCGUCCAGCUGCUUGGUUACUGUGACGAAGACUCGCAAAGAAUACUGGUUUAUGAAUACUUGGAGCAUGGCUCUCUCUCAAGCUUCCUUUUUGGAAGCACAAGGCCCAGCUGGGAGCAGAGAGUGCAGAUCAUUUUUGGUGUGGCGAGGGGGCUUACCUACCUCCAUGAAGAAUGCAUCAGUCAGAUCAUACACUGCGACAUCAAGCCUGAGAACAUACUUCUCGACCACAAUUUCGUGCCUAAGAUUUCUGAUUUUGGUCUGGCCAAGCUUCUGAUGAGUGAUCAGUCCCACACACACACAAACAUCAGGGGAACAAAAGGUUACAUGGCUUCCGAGUGGUUCAGAAAAGCAGCAAUAACCGCAAAGGUCGAUGUGUAUAGCUUUGGCGUCAUACUGUUGGAGAUCAUAUGCUGCAGGAAGAACGUGGAACUGAAGAAGAAGGAUGAAGAGUCUGCAAUACUGGUCUACUGGGUAAACGACUGCUUCAUCGAGAACCGAUUGGACAGGUUGAUGGAGAAUGACGAAGCAGCGAUAAAUGAUAUGAUAAGGGUGGAGAAGAUGGUGAUGGUGGCUUUAUGGUGCACUCAAGAAGACCCCUCGCUGAGACCCACGAUGAAGAAAGCGGUGCAGAUGCUGGAAGGUGCAGUCGAUGUAGAGGUGCCACCUUACCCCUCUUCCUUUGCAGCUUGAUGGUUAUGUGGAGAAGUUGCAGCUCAUCGCAAAGUCUCUGUGGCAUCAAAAGCUUCCAAUAAUAUAUGUAUGUACAAGCUUUUUGAUCAAGUGUUCACUAGAUUAGACAUUUCCUAAAUGUGCACUAUGUUUUUUAUAUGAAUUAGAUACGCUGGCGUUUAAGCAUCUCAAUAAUACCAAUAUGUAAUGAUGCAGCAUGUCUUUUAUGUUUUCCUAUAUAAAGAUUCUGAUAUUAGCAACA